GUUCAGCUGUUUUGACUCUCCUGCUGGCUGGCUACUUGGCACAACAGUAUUUACCAUUGCCUACUCCAAAAGUGAUUGGCAUUGACCUGGGUACCACCUAUUGUUCCGUUGGUGUGUUUUUUCCUGGAACAGGGAAAGUAAAGGUGAUUCCAGAUGAAAACGGGCAUCUCAGCAUACCCAGCAUGGUGUCCUUUACGGAUGGUGAUGUGUACGUGGGAUACGAAAGCCUAGAGCUGGCAGAUUCAAACCCUCAAAACACAAUAUAUGAUGCUAAAAGAUUCAUAGGGAAGAUUUUCACCCCCGAAGAGCUGGAGGCUGAAAUUGGCAGAUAUCCAUUUAAGGUUUUACACAAAAAUGGAAUGGCUGAGUUUUCUGUAACAAGUAAUGAAACCAUCAUCGUUUCUCCGGAAUAUGUUGGCUCUCGAUUGCUGCUAAAACUGAAGAAAAUGGCAGAGGAAUACCUUGGAAUGCCAGUUGCCAAUGCUGUCAUUUCUGUACCAGCAGAAUUUGACCUAAAACAGAGAAAUUCAACAAUUCAAGCUGCCAACCUUGCCGGACUGAAGAUCUUGAGAGUGAUAAACGAACCAACAGCAGCAGCUAUGGCCUAUGGUCUCCACAAGGUUGACGUCUUCUAUGUGUUGGUCAUAGACUUGGGUGGAGGAACGCUUGAUGUGUCAUUACUGAAUAAACAAGGAGGGAUGUUUCUAACCCGAGCAAUGUCUGGAAACAACAAACUUGGAGGACAAGACUUCAAUCAGAGGCUGCUUCAGUAUUUAUAUAAACAGAUCUAUCAAACCUAUGGCUUUCUCCCUUCGAGGAAAGAGGAAAUCCAUAGAUUAAGACAAGCUGUGGAAAUGGUCAAAUUAAAUUUGACGCUUCAUCAGUCUGCCCAUGUGUCAGUUUUACUCACUGUCGAGGAAAAGAACAGCCAGACACCUCAGAAAGAUGACUCUAAUCUGCCAAAAGACCAGCUUAGCCCAGGGGAUGGUCAUCAUGUGAACAGGGUGUUUAGACCUGGCCCUUCUAACAGCAAGAGUGGGAAACGGCAGGGGUUAUUUGAGACAGAAGUAUCACGAAAGCUCUUUGAUUCCAUCAAUGAAGAUCUCUUUCAGAAAAUACUUGUGCCCAUCCAGCAAGUAUUAAAAGAAGGCCACCUAGACAAGACGGAAAUUGACGAGGUGGUUCUAGUUGGAGGCUCUACUCGGAUUCCUCGAAUCCGCCAAGUCAUUCAAGAGUUCUUUGGAAAGGAUCCCAACACAUCUGUAGACCCUGACCUGGCAGUGGUGACAGGAGUGGCCAUCCAGGCAGGGAUUGAUGGAGGCUCUUGGCCUCUCCAAGUCAGUGCUUUAGAAAUUCCCAAUAAGCACUUACAGAAAACCAAUUUCAACUGACCUCUGAGGGAGUGCUGCUAACUGUGACCUUGUCUAGUGAUUUUGAUGCUCUCCAUUGUGAAGGCUCCUCCGGAAAAGAAGUACAUGAGAUUGUUCACACAUGAGCCUGAGGACAUUUAGACAGGAAUCUUUUACAUAAUGUUUCAUUUUAGAAUUGAAUAUGACCAGAUGGGUCAUGUUUGUGUUUGGAGAACUCUCAUAGUAUUUCUAAAGUCACAGAGUUGAGGUUCGACGCUUCUCUGGAUUCUGGAAGUAGGUUACCAUUUGCACUUACUAUUCUGGAAGCAGUAAAUAGUGCCAACAAUAAGCCCCCCACUUUUUACUGAAUUUUAUUGGUAGGGACUGAUAAUUCUUUACUUGGUUAUCACAUGUAACUUAAUUUGGUUUAUACUUGAAGGACUGUUGAUGUCAGGUAUUUACAUUGGCUGGGAGGUAGCAGUAUUAUUAAACUGCAUAGAUAGUGUUCAUCAACUGCCAUAUAAAUUGUACUUUCAAAAAUUCACUUUUAAUUGGUUAUAUUCUCUUAAUUUAUAGAUAUUACUGUCUUUAAUAGACCAAAUUUUCUUCCUAAAAUAGCUACAGAUUUAUUCAGCUCUUUCCUGCCAGCUAGUAGAAAUUCCUGGUUUAUAUUAUAGUUCCUUUAUAUUCAAUGUGUCAUUCUCUGCUAGUAUUUUCCCAGUUCUUCUUGGUAAGAAAGCAGUAGGAAGUUAUCAACUGCCUUUUCAACAUGUUAGUGUCACAAUAAAGCUGCAUUACUCCCUCAGAUUUUGCUACCCAGGAUCUUUGCAUGGAUCAAACAUUGUAGCAUUUAUUUGUAUUUGGUUGUGUUUUGUUUCGUUUUUUUCCCAGAGCCAAACCUAGAAGUGCAAGAAUAUAAUACAAUUACUCUGGAAACGGAGGCAAUGUGCUCACACCAAGUUCAAGGCCUGGCUGGGCUACCCAGGAAGUUCUAGGCCAGUCUGGGCAACUUACUGAGACCAUGUCCCUGUCUCAAGUAAAAAGUGAAAGAGGGAGAGAGAGAGAGAAGAAAGGUAGUGAGGGGAGGAGAGAAAAAGCAAGGCAGAUGACCAUGGGGACCAGUGAAAAAUAAACUGUAGUUUGACUUUGUAUCGGCCAUGUUAUUGGAAGAUAUAUAUCAAUACAGAAGAAUUGUAUCCUGGCUAUCUUAUUAAUACAAAAUAUAAACUGUUUAUCAGUGUUGUAAUAACUAAAGAAGAAAACUAAGAAAAUUUCAACAAGGCCAAGCACUUUAGCUUUCUGGAGUGUAAUGCUGAAAGGUGUUUUUUUGUUUGUUUGUUUUUGUUUUUGUUUUUUGUUUUUUAUUUUCAGCUUUAUAAAGAAAAGUAUUACUCAGUAGUGAAGUUUCUGUUAAAUAACAAUCAUUUUUUGCACCAAAAGUGUGUAUUAGGUACACAGAAAAACAUAAAAUGCUGUGCUUUACUUUAGAGCUAAUAGAGAAAAUGCCAAAGACAAGCCCUUAACAGCAUUCUGAAAAUAUUCAAGACUGUGAGUCUGGAUUUUAGGUUGAAAGUAUCUGUGUGAACAUGUUUGAGACUCAAGUGUUCAAGUUAUCCUACAGUUUCCACAUGCUUUUUCCACUUUCACGUAAGCCACUGAGGGGUAUAAACAGUAAACUUGAAUGUCUCAGAUAUUUAAUGGAACUCAAGACAUGAGCAGGAACAAUUUGCAGAAUAGAGCAGAUAAAUAAUACUAAAAUGGGAAGGUAAAUAAUUUUUGUGAAAAAAAAAUAGGAUAGUAUUGUUGGGGAAAGUAGUUACCAUCCUCUAGUGUAGUUGCAAUGUUAAAAAAAAUGAAGUAAUUUCUCUUCAAUCAUAUGUUACCUAAUCUUGACAUUGAUAUAGUUUAUUUAAAAGGUACAAGUGCAUCCUGACUGGGACCAUUUGUUGACAUCUGAAUUCAUUUACUAUAAAAUGAGCCUUUUAGUUGUACAGUUGGCUACUGUUUUUUUUCUUUUUAAAUAUGUGACUUUAAAAAUACUAAAUAAUAAGUAAUUUAUUUUGAAUCCAUGUUUGGUAGUGUGUUUUCACUCAAACCACUAACAACAGAUACCACUGUGUAUAAUAUGAACUCAAUAUGACAGUUACUGUAUAGAACAGAUUGUGCCUCUUAAAUAUGUGUGUACAGGUGAUUCAUAUUUUGCUGUAAACACAUACCAUUUUGCAGUUUUGUUUUUAAAUUGUUUAUUUUCCACCCACGACUGGGGUGAAGUAUAUUUUUAAUGUAUAUACAUCCAGAAAAAGAUAGAGCUGAUGCGAUGUGUACAGGCUUUUUAACAAGUGGUCUAAUUCCAGCAGUGUCACAUCUUCCUGCAUCCUAUAUGUCUUCUUAUUUUCCACAUAUUUCUAAUUUAGAAGAGCUAGUUCUUCUAUGAGCAUUUUCUUUGGAACUCUGGUGAAUAAGCUGUUGCUUCUAACUAGUGGAGUGGAACGCUGACUUAAUCCACACAGCUAAUCUGCAUACCACCCCCACCCAACUGUAAUCUUUCUGUUGACAGUUAAUACUUCAUAAUUUUCUAAUAAAGUUUAUGUCGAUCUUUUGGACAAAAA